UGUCACUUUUUAUUAAUUAUAGAUCUACUUUAUAUGACGGAUGGAUUAACCAUUGUGAUUCGGCGUCCUUUCCUUUCCUUCCUGAUCUCGAGCGAAGGUUAAAUAUGGAACCUCUACGUGUUCUUGUGACUGGUGCAGCAGGCCAAAUUGCUUAUUCUCUCUUACAUUCAAUUGCAAAGGGAGAUGUUUUUGGUAAAGAUCAACGUAUUAUUCUUCAUCUUUUGGAUAUUCCUCCAAUGAUGGGUGUUUUAGAAGGUGUAGUAAUGGAAUUAAUUGAUUGUGCCUUUCCACUUGUAGUAGAUAUUGUUGCAACUACAGAUGAAGCUAAAGCUUUUGAUAAUAUUGAAUCAGCUUUUCUUGUUGGUUCAAUGCCUCGAAGAGAAGGAAUGGAAAGAAAAGAUUUAUUAGCUGCUAAUGUUAAGAUUUUUAAAAGUCAAGGAAUGGCUUUAGAUAAAUAUGCAAAGAAAACUGUUAAAGUUUUAGUUGUUGGUAAUCCUGCAAACACAAAUGCUUUUAUCUGUAGUAAAUAUGCUCCAUCUAUUCCUAAAGAAAAUUUUUCUGCUAUGACAAGAUUGGAUCAGAACAGAGCUCAAGCACAGAUUGCUUCCCGACUGAAAAUCUCUCCAAACGAAGUUUCUAAUGUAAUAAUUUGGGGUAAUCACUCUUCAACCCAAUUUCCUGAUGCCAGUCAUGCAGAAGCUAAUGUUGGUGGCAAAAAAACUAAAGUAAUUGAUGUCAUAGAAGAAAGUUAUUUGAAAGGAGACUUUAUUUCUGUUGUACAGAAAAGAGGUGCUGCUGUAAUUGCUGCAAGAAAAUUGUCUAGUGCUAUGUCUGCAGCUAAAGCUGCUGGUGAUCACAUGAGAGAUUGGUGGCAUGGUACUCCUCAGGGAAAAUAUGUAUCCAUGGCAGUAUAUUCAGAUGGAUCUUACGGGGUUCCUGCUGACGUCAUGUUUAGUUUUCCCGUCGAAAUUGGAUCAGAUCGUAACUGGAAAAUUGUGCAGGGUCUGUCCAUCAAUGAUUUUGCCAGAGAGAAGUUGACUCUCACCGGAGAAGAGCUCGUUGCUGAGAAAACGGACGCGCUAUCCGUCUGUGAAAAUUGACAAGCGACACCCCCUGCAGCUAGAAUGUAAAUGCAUUAAAGUUAUUAGCUCACUAUAAUUUGAGAGCUGAUUUGUUUGUAGACUAUUAUGUAUAGUUUUAUUGAUAAUUUGAAAAAGCUGUUGAUAAAUGCAUUAUUAUUUUGAUUUAUAUAAAAGUUAGUUAUUCAAAGUUGAAAUUAUGUAGAAUACUUUGGAUACUAGGAACUUGUUCACUGGCUGUAGGCGGGUAGCUUUUUUUCUUUUAGUCAGUAUGAAAUUGUCUAUAUUAUUGUUGAAACAAGCAUAAUCAGGGAGAUAUCAGUUAUGCAUUUAAAUGAUCUAGAAGAAUAUUAAAAAUUUCAAAGUUUGAA